CCAAAAACUUUUAACCAACACUAAAUUUAAAUCUACCGUAGCACAAGACACUUCUGACUGUGAGCGGGCGUUUUGAAUAAGCAAGGCCAUCUUUAAUCGCUGGUGAUAGACAUCUUCUACGGAUUUCCUAUCGUCAAGUAAGCGCAGGAUUACCACUGGUGGAGGAUUUUAAAUCUGAAACGCAGCAGAUGCAGCGCAUCGAGGGUUGGCAACAUUCACACAGUCACAUUUAUGACACCAGGCACUCGCCAUAAAUAAGCCCAUCAUAAUUAAACUGCAGAAGGACAACCACUGCGGAGGCGAGGGAUGCCAACUCUGCCUAUUGACUCCGAACCAGUGUCGAAUCCAUAACCCGCUAAAAACCCUAUCCGCGGGCUCAGACCGUGUCAGCGAUAUUUUUGGCGGAUGCUGUUAAAAGCCACUGACUGAUGGAUGAUAUAUUUUAGUACACACACUCGCAUCGUACAUAACUUUUACACAACGGGGCAGCGAAAGGACGACACCACCGAUCAAUCUUCAGCACAUGCAUCCAUUUUCCGCUCAAAGAAUAGCACUUGAGCCGCGUUUAAUUUCGCCGGCACAUAUGUGCUGUGUUGUGCGCCCUGUCAGAUUAAUUCUGGCCAGGAUAAUUUGAGCAUUUCCGACAAGCGCCCAUGCGGAGUUGCAUUCAAACAUUGCUCUGUCAGUAAUGUCAAAAUAACAACCGGAUAACCGUUCCCUCUUCCACAGCCGCAGCCGACCAUUUGUGUAAGAUUAAUCAAAUUGUCCUCCAUACACUGCUGAAGUAAUCAUCCCUGUCUACUGCCUCAAGACUGAACACAUGCGCCCAGGAAAUUUGGGAUAAGUCGGUGCCACGCUAACUUUCCGCCCAACUUUUCAUUAGUGGCCAUUGAAGUAUACUCGUACUUCCCGAAUAUUCUUAUAACAGGCCAUGUCCCACGGAAAGCUGGCAUUGUAUGAUGAAACUCUAUCUGGUAUUCUGAAUAACGAAGGUCAAAUAGCGCCGUUUUUGGACGUUAUUUUUGGAUUCCUAUACCGGAAAACCGAUUUCUUUCAUUCCCUGUCGCCGGACGGCAAAAGCGGAUUUCUACCGGGUACCGCGGAGAAUUUGGUAAAAAACUCUUUUCAACGUUACGAUCGCAUGGCGCAUCGGGAAAAAUCUCCCAGUUCUUCUGCACCGCCAGCCGCCAAUCCAACCAUCAAAAUUCACACUGAACACGGUGUGACAUCCCCCGAGACCGGCGAAACCCGCUCUAUUCCCACCAUAACGGCCCAACAUGCCGAUGACCCCGGCAAUGGAGCCGUACAUGACAAAUACUCCUGGAACCAGACCCUGCAUGAUCUUGAUGUGAAGAUUCACGUUCCCAAAUCUGUCACAAAGUCUAAACAGCUGAAUGUGGAGCUGACAGGCACACAUGUGCGCAUUUCUGUGAAGGAUACCGGCGAUAUUCUUCUGGAAGGCCCGUUUCAUCGCCCAAUAAAUUCAGCGGAAUCGAUGUGGAUACUUGUACCGGCGGAGUACAUUCAAAUGACGCUGGAGAAAAUUACGGAAGAAUGGUGGAACUGUUUGAUUGAGGGACAAGGAAAAAUUGACCUCGAACAUAUCAACGCGGAAGUUUCCUUCCAGGAUAUGAAAACUGACGAACAGCAACUGGUGAGAAAAAUGAUCCAUGAUCAGCAGGCUAAGGCUCAGGGAAAACCUACUAGUGAUCAGGUACACCUAGCCGAAACUCUCAAAACUGGAUGGAAUGCUGAUGGAUCACCGUUUAAAAAUUUACCCUACGAUGCUAAUGCGCUGUUCAAUUUACCAGCUAAAACGUAGAACACCCCUUUCUUUUUUACUUCAACCUGCUUUCCGCGAUAACCACUUCCAGAUGUUUUUCUAAACAAUUUUCAUAUACUUUUAUUGACUCAGAUUUAAAUUGCGCACGCAAUUCGAACUACUGUAAAAAGCUACACAUGUACAGCAGCGUCAAUGAAACCGAAAAGGACAACGUGUGAU